AUGGUUUCAGAUUUUGUCGUCCAACAUCCUAGUGGACCAUUUUUUCAGCUUACUGAGAAUGAAUGGAAACAAGCUGUUGCGAAAUAUAAAUCAUUGAACGUCAAUAGUGAUGUUAAUUAUCUCGAUCGUACAGGAACAGCUAGUAUUAACAUUGGAACAGACGCGUAUUUCGAUAAUGAUACGAUUCUGGGACAGUUUGAGAGACUAUUUCAAAUGCUAGAAUUCAAACAAGAAUACAAGGACAAUGCGAUAGAAAUUAUCGUGGACAACGCAAGAACCCUUACUACUAAAUCGUAUUCAUUGCAAGACUUUGGUAAAACCAUUGGCACUCGUUGCCCGGUUGAACAGAUUGAAUAUGUUGAUGAAAAUAACAGAAAAAAAGCUAUUGAUUGUUAUUUUAAAGAGGGAGAAUACAAAGGUAAAUCAAAAGGUUUAGUUCAACUAUGUAAAGAUUUAGGUGUACAAUUACCAGCUAAGAUUAAACUAGAUGAAAUUAUUAAAAUACUUUCAACACAUCCAGCUUUUCAAAAUGUGAGUGGAUACCAUUCCAGUUUUUUCCACACAUAUUCGACCCUAUGUCAUUAA